AUGGCAGAAGCGGCCCCUAUCCGUCCCCGGAUGCUCAUCAAUGGAGAGCUUGUCGAGGCAUCGGAUGGCAAGACCUUCACAGUUUACAACCCAGCAACACAGGAAAUCUCAGCCCAUGUCCCCGAAGCGAGCGCCGAUGAUACUAAUGCCGCCGUGGCAGCGGCAAAAGCAGCAUUCCCGUCUUGGUCAGCCAUUGGAGGGUCACAGCGAGCCGUGCACUUGAAGAAGCUAGCGGCCCUGAUCCGGGAAAACAAAGAUGAGCUUGCGCGACUGGACGCUAUUUCAAUGGGCAUGCCUGUCUCGACUCACCACUACGCUCAUACCGCCUCCACUAACUUUGAUCACUACGCCGAGGCCUGGGGGAACAUCCAGGGGCAGGCGAGUGUCAAUACGCCUGGGCUUGUUACCAUGACGCUCCGGCAACCCUAUGGGGUCGUGGCGCUCAUCAUCCCCUGGAACGCCCCGAUCCACUUUCUCGCCUCUAAGGCUGCGCCCGCCCUCAUCACAGGCAACACUGUGGUACUCAAAUCCAGUGAGAAGGCGCCCCUGUCUUCUGCCCGCAUUGCCGAGCUCGUCAUCGAAGCGGGGUUCCCACCAGGCGUCUUCAACAUCAUUUCUGGCCACGGUCUACCCUCGGGGCAAAUCCUAUCCCGCCACAUGGACGUCCGCGCUCUGAGCUUUACGGGGUCAAGCCGUACAGGCAAGCUGAUCCAAGAAGAGGCGGCGCGUACCAACCUCAAAAAGGUCAUUCUCGAGCUGGGCGGCAAGUCACCCGCCCUCGUCUUCGAGGACGCCAACCUCGAAAAGGCCGUCGCCCAGACGCAGUUCAGCAUCCAGACCAACAGCGGGCAGGUCUGCAUGGCCAACUCGCGCAUCUACGUGCAAAAGAGCAUCGCGCCGCAGUUCAUCGAGGCCUUCAAGACCAAGUUUGCAGGUGCCCGCGCCGGGAAUCCCCUGGAUGCAGAAACCAAGCACGGCCCGCAAGCCGACGAAGUCCAGUAUCGCAACGUGCUGAACUACAUCGAGGAGGGCAAGAAGAGCGGCACGUUGGCGCUAGGCGGCCAAGGAACGUUUGAGAGCACCAAGGGCUUCUUCAUCCAGCCCACCGUGUUCCUGGAUACCCCCGAGACGGCGCGCAUCACCAAGGAGGAGGUGUUCGGCCCCGUGGUAAUCAUCAACACGUUCGAGACCGAGGCCGAGGCCAUUGCCAAGGCCAACGAUACCGAGUUUGGGCUAUAUGCGUCCGUAUUCACGCGCGAUGUCGGCCGGGCGAUGCGGGUGGCCAAAGCGUUGGAGAGCGGGUAUGUUGGCAUCAACUGCACCAGCCCUUUGACGGGGUUGGAUCUGCCGUUUGGAGGCUACAAGAGCAGUGGUCAGGGCAGGGAGGGGUGGUUGUACAGCAUGAACAACUUCCUGGAGACCAAGAGUAUUAUUAUGAGGAUAGAUGAGGAUUAA